AUCAAAGUUUGGAUGAUCUGAUUAACCUAGAUGUACUUCUUCUCAAAGUCAAGUAACUCGUGGUGCAUUUUAUUCAGAUAUUGAUGAUCAAGUUCACCAACGGACAAUCUUCCCUAUAUAAAUUGACCUUUCCCACUCCGCAGCCUCACACAGUGUACUCUUUCGCUACUGAUAUUUUCAGCCAUUCCUGAGUUGCGAAAAUCAGAAAUGGAGUACGAAGGAAUUCUGCUGGGAAUGGGAAACCCGCUUUUGGAUAUCUCUGCUGUCGUGGAUCAAGAAUUCUUGAACAAGUUUGAUAUUAAAUUGAACAAUGCAAUUCUGGCGGAGGAAAAGCACUUGUCUAUGUAUGAUGAAAUGGCAUCAAAUUACAACGUGGAGUACAUUGCUGGAGGAGCUACUCAAAAUUCAAUCAGAGUUGCUCAGUGGAUGCUUCAGAUUCCUGGUGCAACCAGUUACAUGGGUUCCAUCGGAAAGGACAAAUAUGGGGAGGAAAUGAAGAAAAAUGCAAAAGAAGCUGGAGUUAAUGUUCAUUACUAUGAAGAUGAUUCUCCUACUGGUACUUGUGCUGUAUGUGUGGUUGGUGGUGAAAGAUCACUUAUUGCCAAUUUGUCAGCUGCAAAUUGCUACAAAUCUGAUCAUUUGAAGAGACCAGAAAAUUGGGCUUUGGUUGAAAAGGCCAAGUACAUCUACAUCGCCGGAUUUUUUCUAACAGUUUCCCCAGAUUCUAUAAUGCUUGUUGCUGAGCAUGCAGCUGCUAAAAAUAAGAUUUUCACUACUAACCUUUCUGCUCCAUUUAUCUGUGAGUUCUUCAAGGAUGUCCAAGACAAAGUAUUUCCGUAUGCUGACAUCGUCUUUGGAAAUGAAACAGAGGCAAGAACUUUCUCCAGAGUUCAUGGCUGGGAGACUGAAAAUGUUGAAGAAAUAGCUUUGAAAAUUUCCCAAUUGCCAAAGGUCAAUGAAACACGCAAAAGAAUUACUGUCAUCACUCAGGGCGGAGAUCCAGUUGUUGUCGCAGAGGAUGGGAAGGUGAAGUUGUUUCCUGUAAUUUUAUUGCCAAAAGAAAAACUCGUUGAUACCAAUGGCGCAGAUGGAAGCAUGUGAUUUGAAAACUUUACAUUUACAUUUGUUGCAGGGGAUGCUUUUGUUGGAGGAUUUCUGUCUCAAUUGGUUCAAGAGAAACCUAUUGAAGAUUGUGUAAAAGCAGGAUGUUAUGCUGCAAAUGUCAUUAUCCAGAGGUCAGGAUGCACAUAUCCUGAGAAGCCUGAUUUUAAAUGAAGUACGAAUUUCCUAUUGUUCUUAAUCCCUGGUUGAAUUUUGAUCACCGAGAAACUAAUCAAAAAUAUAAUUUUGAUGGUUGAGAAAAUAAUCGGUAGUGGUUUAUAUUUGCAUUUUGCACGAGUUCCUGCAUUCUUGCUUGCAAAGAAUUUUAAAUGUCAUCGAAGAUAUUUAUUUGAAGUAAAGAUCAUUGGUAUUUCCAUUUUCAGC